GGAAUAUUUUAGAUAUGGAUUUGAAAUCAAUCAACAAGACCUGUCUUUUUAUAACAAAGGAUCAAAAACACUGAGAAAAUUAUAAGAUCUGGUAUAAAGUGAAAGUUCCCAAUAUUUUCUACGAUAGAGACCUCAAAAUAAUUGCAAAUCUUUACUGGAACCAAUAAACUAUACAAAUUAAGGUAGAUCAUAAAACUAUUGUACAGAAAUUAUUAUUUUAACCUACUAUGGAUUUGAAAUACUCGUCGAAUUUGACGAUAACGCAGUGUUGCUCCCAAGACGUACCACCAAAAUGAUUGGAUCAUAUUAAGCAGUUUAUUGAUGGAAAAUAUUCGCUUUUUGAAAUCGUUGUCUUAAAAAAUGUAUGUUUUUAAUAAAAAAACGAGGCCCCUUUCCCAUCAAACGUUGGUUCCAACCAAGGAUAAUACACACUACUACUACAGGAUAGCCUAUCCUCCCAAGGCCUGUGUGGAACAAAUCCACUCUCUCCCCAACGUUAAAUCACCAGUUGUGACGUAAGCAGCAUGUUAUUUCUCGCCUUGACGUAGGUUGUUUAAACAGCUGGUGACUUAGUUAUGGCGUCGUAAAUGGUAACACACGAGGUCAAUGAGCAAUACUGUAGGUGUGUAUCAUCCUUAAGUUCGAACACCCUCUACCAGGUACAACAUGAAGCUAGCUGCUGGACCCUCAUAGUUACGUCACCACCACAGCAUCCUGUUAUAAGACACAUCAAACUUGACACAUGUACUCUAAAUGGCGCCACGGACGUGACCCAGGUCGCUAUGACGUCAUCACAGAACCCGAACCAUGAAUCGAACUUUGCACUAUGUACUCUAAAUGGCGCCACGGACCCGCACUGACGUAACCCACGUGACCCAGGUCGCUAUGACGUCAUCACAGAACCAUGAAACGAACUUCGCACUAUGUACUCUAAAUGGCGCCACGAACGUGACCCAGGUCGCUAUGACGUCAUCACAGAACCUGAACCCUGAAUCAAACUUUGCACUAUGUACUCUAAAUGACUCCACGGACGUGACCCAGGUCGCUAUGACGUCAUCACAGAACCCGAACCAGGAAUCAAACUUUGCACUAUGUACUCUAAAUGACUCCACGGACGUGACCCAGGUCGCUAUGACGUCAUCACAGAACCCGGAACGACUCAAAACUCCCGCUAUGACGUCAUGACGUUUGACAGAUGACGUUUGACAGGUGACGUUUGACAGAUGACGUUUGACAGGUGACGGUUGACAUGAUGGCGGGAAAACAUUUCCCCUCACCCCUUUUUCUGGUACCCAUAUUAAAAUCCGGGGGCCCCUUUUUGGGGGGCGGAGCCCUACGGGUGCAGGUCCCAUGGCGCCAUCUGUCGACAAGAUGGCGCCAUGGCGGUGCAUCCACCUUCAUGUCAACGACGGCGCAUCCACCACGUGUCAAGAAUGAAAGAUUGAGGUUAUGGUCGGAUUUUUAUAGUCAUACCCCUGUUGCUGUACUACU